GUCGUUUCCACCAUUCAGAAUCCAGGUCAACGCCAGACAGGCAAUCUCACCUCUCCACGUCUAGUCCAUGCCAAAGGUUUCGGGAUGGUCCGCAUUGGGGUUCUUCGAGAAGUCUAAAAGUACCACCGGUAAUAUAUAGGAUGAUUGCCUGAUACUGUCUGUUUGUUUCAUUCAUCUUUCGCUUCUUGUUUCCUCUUCCAUUCGAUACCAAUCGCCAGGAUGCGUUACUCUAUCGUCGCGUCGUUGCUCUCGGCUGCUACCGCAGUCUACGGCUAUGCCGACCCCAUGGCCUGCUCCGGUAUCUGCAAUAACGCUCACGAUCCGGCCCUUAUCCGUCGCGCCGAUGGCACUUAUUACCGUUUCUCUACGGGUGGUAAGAUUGCUAUUCACAGCGCGCCUUCGAUCACCGGCCCCUGGUCCUACAAGGGUGCCGCGAUUCCCGCUGGUUCCAAGAUCAACUUGGCUGGCAGAGACGAUCUCUGGGCUCCCGACGUGACCCUAGUUGGCGACACAUACUACCUGUACUACACUGUCUCCUCUUUCGGAGUCCAGAACUCUGCCAUUGGAGUUGCGACCAGCAAGGACCUCAACACCUGGACCGACCUUGGUGCCACUGGUAUCCAGUCGAGCGCGGGCAAAAACUAUAACGCUAUUGACGGUGCGCUUUACUGGGAUGGAUCCAAGUUCGUCAUGUCCUUCGGUUCCUUCUGGAGCGACCUCUUCGUCCAGAACAUGGCCAACCCACCAGUCAAGACCAGUUCUUCCACAGUGACCAACAUCGCCUUCAAACCCGAGGGAGAGCACGCCCAGGAAGCUCCGUUCAUUGCUCUGAACGGCAACUACCACUACCUCUUCUUUUCCGUCGGCAAGUGCUGCGGCUUCGACGCCAACAGGCCUGCCGCGGGUCAGGAGUAUAAGAUCCAAGUCUGCAGAUCUACCAGCGCCACUGGUGGCUUCAAGGACAAGAACGGUGUCGACUGCACCAAGGGUGGCGGUACCACUGUCUUGGAGUCCCACGGCUUUGUCUACGGACCCGGUGGCCAGGGUGUCUACUACGACCCCAAGGAGGGCCCUGUCCUAUACUACCACUACGUCGACACCCGCAUCGGCUACGGCGAUGGCCAGAAGAAGUUUGGUAUCAACAAGAUCAACUGGUCCAGUGGGUGGCCUGUUGUAUAAGCGCUUGUCGCAAGUAUGGGCACAUCUGGCUAAACGUCGGCUGCUUGCUCGUCCGUCUUGGACACCUUCAUGUCUAUACCUUCUUGUCCAUACACUUUUGUAUAUACCUAUACUGUAAAUACUUGCACAA